AUGGACUUGGCCCUGCGUAGCUUGCAGGCCGUCAGCAGCGAUAUCGUGAACUUGCUGGGACGCCAGCUGGAGCGCUGCGGUCCAGAGCAGCUCAACUGCCCUGCGUGCCCGAGCUGUCCGUUGCUGCAGUGCCCCGAGCCGUCGUCCGCGCUGGGCACCUUCAUUGUGGGGCUGCUCGCAGGUGUGCUCUCGGCAGCGACCGCUGGAUUCUUGUGGAAGAGGGUGGGGUCGAGGGCCCUCGCCUACUACGACCCGCGCGAUGACUACUGGCAUGAGAGGAUCAUGCUGGCGCACAUUCAGGACUUCCGCUUCGUGGUGCUCACCGCGGACUGGGACAUCUAUGAUGAAGAUAUGUCCCAGGCGCUCCGCCUGCUGCCGCUGGGUCCACGGGGCGGCCUCCCCGUGCCGAGGCCACAGGGGCAUAUCCUGCGGGUGGACAACGCUCGCCUCAGCGCCGAGCUGCAGCAGCUGUGCGACGAGGCGGCGCAGAUGGCCUUGGACAUCCGCGAGGAUGAGGGCUUGCCGGCCCCAGCGGCGCCCCACGGGGUGCUUGCCGACGGCGAGGCGGGGGCGCUUGCCGAGGCGCCGGCUCCUGCUGCGCUGGCGGCCGCCGCGAGGCCCGCUGGGCCAGCGGUGGGGGGCGCGGCCGCGGCAGGCGCUCUGGCGGCGGCGCCGGCCGCGCCGCAUAGGGCACCCGCGGCCGGCGCUCUCCUCGCCCCAGCACCGCCGCGGCCCGCAGCGCCGCCAGCAGAUGCGGUCUGGCUCUCGGCGGAGACGCGCGGGGGCUUCACGGCUGGGGCCCCUAUCCCGCCGGAGCUCCUCGGCGCGGAUGGCCAGCCGCAGGCCGUGCUGGGCGACCGCGGGGUCGUGGUGCUGGCGUCAGGCGUCGCGCUGGCGGUCGCAGUGGCUGACACCCUGGAGGCAGGGACGGCAGCGCUCUCCAGCAGUGGGGGAGACCUUCGCACGCUGCCGGUGCUCUACUCACCAGCUGGUGGCCGCUCCAGGUCCUUCCAUGACGCUGUGGCCAAGAUGUCCACCACGCCCUUCCCAGACUGGCGCAUCAAGGGGCCGAGGACCGCUGCCUGGCUGCUCGAGAAGAUCUCGGAGGCGGGCUACACGCCGCUGCAGAGGCAUUUCUGGUGGAGGUCGAUCCAGGGGCUCACAGCUUCCGACUCGGGCGUGGACGACCACCACUUCAUCUCCGAGGUGCUGCAGGAGCUCACCACCUACGACCAGCUCAACGCUGGCGAGCUGGUGGUGGUGGAGAUCCUCUGCCGCCGCUACCAGCUCUGGGAGGAGCUGUACGCCUCGAGUUUGCGCGAAGCCGAGGCUGGUCAGGACGCUGCACCCUGGCUCGAUGAGCGAUCCUCGUUUCUCGGGCAGGACAGGAGCCGCGGCUCAGCGCUUGUCUGCCCCGCCUUGGAGAGCUGGGUGGCGGAGAAGCUCCGAGAGGAAAGUGCCAUCCUCAAGGAGCGCAGUUUGCAGGGGAGGCGAGGCGUGCUGAACGAUGCCACCUCGCUGGGUUUUGGCGAUGACAGUCUCACGCAAAGGGACGCGCUGCCCAUCCCGCUCAGCUUCGAGGCGCUCCAGUGCUUGAAGGGGUUCUCGGCCCUCGACGGCGAGCUCUCGCUGGGGCAGCGGCGCAAGGCCGCGCGCUGCAGGCGCCAGGAACGCUGGAUGCUGGAAGGCGUCGCGGCGCUCAACGAGCUGGGGGGGUGGGUGGUCGGUUGGCUGACAGCGGCGGGCGGCUUAGCUUGGCGCAGCGCUCCGCGUUGCAGCAUCUGGGUGAGGUCUACGCCGCGGUCCCGCCGAAGACUGAGGAUUGCACCAACCAGGAGGCGUUUCAGGCGCUUCUGGGGCUUCGACCUGGCUAUGCUGAUGAGCCAGCCAUCGGGGCGAGAGCCGGCUACCAGCGCGGGAGGGUAUCCCUUCCUUCUGGCGGUGCUGGGCGUGUCGAUCUUGUUCGACUACUUCCUCCGCACCUGCAGUCAGCGCUGGAGUCCGGGCACGGGUUAUUGCGCUCGGAGCAGGAAUUACUUCUGCCUGCCGAGCCUGGCGACUCGCAUGCUGCCUGCCCGCCUGCGCGAGGCUCUGGGGCCUGAGCUUGCGGCGCGGCCCAGGAUAGCCUUCCGUGUGCGUGUUGUUCCCAUGGGGUGGAACUGGGCCGUCCACUUUGUGCAGUCUGCCCACCUGAACGUGCUGGCUUCGAUCUCUCCGAACAACCAGUGGUUGGUGGACAAGCAGCCUGGGACGUGCCUCUCGGACAGCUCUGCUGCAGCCAAGGUCUUGUACAUCGACAACUUUGCGGCCAUUAGCACCAGUCGCGAGACAGCGUUGCAGGUUGUCAAUGACAUGCUGGGCUCGUUCACCAGCGAGGGCGUCAGGGCGUCGCUUGACUUGGACGUCGUCCUCCUCGGCUUCACGCUGGAUUCCAAGGCCGCCAGGUGGCGCCCCGCACCCAAGAAGUUUUGGAGGGUGCAUGGCUGCAUCUCACACUUGCUGGAGCCAGGAAGGCGUAUCACUGGGCGCCAGUUAGAGAGGCUUGUGGGCCACGUGGUCGCGCUGCUGCUGCUGCGGCGUGAGGCUCUCAGCCUCCUCAGCGCCGUCUACGUCUUCAUCCGGUCGACCUACGACAGGGCGCAGCCGCUGUGGCCCAGCUGCCGACGUGAGCUCAGGUGGGUGCUUGCGUUGUUGCCCACGGUGUUCGCCGACAUGAAGAGGCCUUGGCACGCUGAGGUAGGUGCCUUUGACGCGUCGCCUUGGGGCGCGGGAGUCUGUACUGCGCGCUGGCCUUUGAGUGAGGUGCAGGCCGCAGGCAGGCAGCCGGAGAGGCUGCGUUUUCGCGGGCCCCUCGCCUCAUUGGUGGCUCCGCGGGACGCUGCCCUGGCCGCUGACAGCAUCGAGCUCUCUGACCCCGCCGCACUCCUGCUCGGUCGCGCGGCGGGUUUCGCCGAGGUGAGCGCAGAGCUGCUGCGCGAGGAGCGGGCCCGCUUGCUGCCCCGCCAGGGCUUUCUGGCAGCCAACAAGGUGCGGCCGUCCACUCAGGUGCUCUACCUGAAGGUGUUGCGGCUGCUGGCAGGCUGGCUCAUGGUGGACGCCCUGCCCGACUGGCCUGGAGUGGCGCGGGCGACGGCUGCAAGGCUUGGCGCCGCGGUGCUGUGGGGGCUCCCGCAGCUCCACGUGGCGCCCCUGCAGAGGUGCUUCCCGCAGCUCGCGCACUCGCUGGCGGGCUGGAAGCGCCUGCAUCCGCCAGGCUCUCGUCCGCCUCUUCCAGAGCUUGUGGUUCGCGCAGCGGCAGCUUGGCUUGGGCACCAGGGCGAGUUUGCGACCGCCUUGUGCGUCAUGCUGAUGUUCGAGGGCUACCUGAGACCCUCGGAGGCGCUGGCGCUGCGGGCCGCCCAGCUCACCGGCCCUUUCGGCUCGGCCACCAGCGCGGGCUCACACAUGUCGGUAGUGGUGCAUGCUGCAGAGUUGCAGCAACCAGGCAAGACAGGCGAGAUGGACCAUACCGUUGUGCUCGACCUCCCGCGCCAGCAGGUCCUGGCUUGGGCCUUGGCGCGCCUGCGCGACUCCCGCCUGGGCUCCUGGCACCCGCUGUGGGACUUCGACUACAACCUCCUCCAGCGGCGGUUUGGCCAGGCGCUCGCGGCUGUGGGAGCCAGCUGUUUAGCAGGCACGCUCUACAGCCUCAGGCACGGCGGCGCCAGCCACGACCGCCUGACGGCCAGCCGCGCGCUAAUGGAGGUGCAGCAACGAGGAAACUGGCGCGCCUUCAACAGCGUGCGGCGCUACGACAAGCACGGGCGAGUGGCGAUCGAGUGGAUGAAGAUUCCCGCCCCCCAGCGCCAAGAGAUCGAACGGUUGGCUUCUGGACUCGACGCCGCCUGCAAGCUGUACUCGCUUCAGCGGUGA